AUGGAGCAAACUCUUCCAAAUAUCUCUCAACUGACACUUUCGAUAAGGCAAACGGACCCUAACGCCAACUCAGACGUACCGGAAGUAUUCCCACCGUGGGGGGCAUUCCCUGCCGAGCAAUAUUUGCUGCAUCAUUGGGAUCUCCCUUCUUCCGAACCAAAUCAAGACCAGCGCCGUAGACUGAUCAAUGAUUUUGUCCACGCAUUAGACGAUAUUCCAGAAGAGUGGGUUCUAGCCUCACCCACGCCUAAGACAAUGGUUAUUGCCCCUCAGCAGCUCAGAUCCGAGAUAUUCUGGCUCCUUGGCGCAUCAUGGGAGAUCUGGAACCAGAGCAGAGACCCUAAGUGGGAUUACCAAGGUAUUAAUAUCUGGCUUCGAACAUAUUACGCAGAAGAUGCAGAAGAGAAAGCUCGAGAUAGUGCCAAGUUAGCAGCAUGGUUUGAGUCAUCAGUUGAAGGAAAUCCCAACAUAGACCCUAGUAUAGAUGGCACAAUGAUUAGCUGGCGACUAUUAGAUGAUGAGUUAAUAUUCAACUUUGGUACUGACUGGGAACGAGUUUUUGAGAUUAUUCCUGAGCUUAUUGGUCCAAAAAGUGGAUUAUCACGGCGUUUCUUGUCAGACGAAGACUCUGUGGGUAAGAGAUUCCGUGAAGAAGUUUUCAGAGAGCUCCGAGAAAAUGUGGCUUUAUCAACUGGACUUCAAGAAAAACUCAUCACUAUUGAAGGAAGUGACAAUAUAGUACAGUAUUGUUCAGUCCAUUCAUAUCUUCUUGUGGCUGAUGAGACAACCUUUACUACGGAUGAACUUCUUAUCCUCUUUCUUGAUCUUAAAGGGCACUAUGUGCGUCAGUCGAGAAUAAAGGUUCCAGAUGAUGAUAUAUUUAUGCUAGGAGAUAUGAUUAAUAGUGGAAAGAUUCGUGAUGCCCGAUAUUGGACCGACGACUUUCCGCCUGGAAGCUCUUUAAAUCCAAAGUACCGUGCGCUAGGCGAGAUUGGACGUGAACUGUACGGCGUGGAAGAUCUGCUUCGAACUUGA